CCUGCGCAAGCCCAACGCAAGCUGGAGAAAACACUCGGCACCAUUACACAGAGCCAACGCACAGCUGACUGAGGCAGACACACACACUCACACACACACAUAAACAGACAGACAGAGAGAGAGAGAGAGGAAAGAGAGAGAGAGAGAGAGAGAGAGGGAGAGAGGCAAGCACGGGAGAGGAAGGAAAGGAGACGUGGAGCCGUGUCUGAAAGGGUGGGUUCCUUUUGUUUUUGUCUCGUCUGCUGUCACUCUCUCUCUCUCUCUCUUUCUCUUCCUCUGUCUCUCUGUGUGUCUGUGUAACUCAGCGCCGCAGCGGCGGUGUUAGGAGCCCUGAGCAGAUGGUGUAGAGCAGAGACAGGGGCAGGCAGCGGCAGCACAAUGCCAGCCACAGCUUGAAGAGGGGGGCUGCGCGGAGCUCACCGCCUGCUCCCGUCGUCAUCUCGCCCGCCGUGCUGUGCCAUCCCCUCACCCCCUUUUGUUUUCCAGCGCUGGCAAACAAGGUCAGGAUUUCUACUGUGAGCGCUGGGAGAGAGAGAGAGAGAGAGAGAGAGGGAGAGAGAGAGAGGGAGGGAAAGAGAGAGGGAGGGAAAGAGAGAGAGAGAGGGAGGGAGAGGAAGGAAAGAGAGUGACAUACGUGGAAAAGGCUUUUCCUGGAUUUGAGCGAGAGAGCGACAGAGGGAGAGAGGAAAAGAGAGAGAGAGAAAAAGGAAGAAAAUAGGCAGGAGGUGGAGGAUUGAAACUCUGAAGGAAGAGGAGGGGGAAGGAAGGCUUGUGACUAUGUUUUGAAGGUAGACAAAAGCAAAACAGCUGCAAGGUUCUUGGAAAAAAAACACUUGUUAUGAGGGGGAAGAUUUGGAGAACUGACUUUGUCAUCGUGGUCUCUCCAUUCUUGGAUGAUUGAAACUGUGAUCUGCUCCAAAACCAAAGGACCAGAAGGUAACCUCUAUUAGGAAACACUGUUGUUAUUCUGUCGACGUGAACGACUGUCUACUCUAGUCUGCCUCACGACUCCGAGACCUCCUACAUCUGUGUUUUGAUUCUCUCUCUCUCCCUCUCACUCCCUCUCUCUUUAUUUUCUCCCCCGCCUCUCACGAGUACACCGACGAGCACAAAACAGGGCAAAGUCAAAACAACAAUGUUGAGUAUUGAUUUACCUCAUUCUAGUAUUCUGCUUUCUAUGAGAAAUGCACGCGUGUGUUGAUGCCUUCUGGUUCAAUGUGGCAAGUGUUGACAACCAGCUCCUGACAAUGAGUGACUCAUGCGUGUAAAUGUUUCAUCGGAGGAGAGGAGUGGAGAGCGACUAGCGAGAGCGACUGGUAUGCCCAGCCAAGGCUACGGCCUGUGCUUUGGUACACUGAAAAAUUAAGUCCAGAUUUCAGCCUGGAGUCCACAUAUCUAAGCUAGACCCCCCCCCCAGGGCUGGAAAGUUGGCCCUGCCAUCUGAACUGGGACUUUGGAAGGUGGUUCUGCGUGAGAAAGGGAGAGACUUCCUCAGACAAGCUCACCCCCCCUUCAUCACACUCUUUUGGGACACUUUGUAUUGACUUGCCCACCCCCCAGUGGACUUGGUGGAAGUGAUCACCAGGGGCUUCUGUUUCAUUCAUGCACCCAGUCCUGUGGUGUAACGGAUGUGUGUGUGGCCCAGGACUGCAAAUCAUCGACCCGUUCUGCAAGAUGACCUCUGAGGGGGAGAUCUACAGCCUCCCCCUCAACGUCUACGUCAUUAUCCUGGGAAUUGGCCUCUUCAUCUUCCUGCUCAGCAUGAUCUUCUGCUGCUACCUGUUCAGGUGGGACCCUCACUCUUGUCACCUGGGCUGGUUGAGGCGGCAAGGCACAAGAGAACAAUAUGGAUACAAUGAGGUGGUUCUGAAAGGAGCAAGCAAGAAACUGAGUCUUCUUGGACAAACCUGUGCAGUGUGUUUGGAGGAAUUCAGGAGUCGAGAUGAACUUGGAGUGUGUCCUUGCUCACAUGCUUUUCACAAAAAGUGUUUGGUGAAGUGGCUGGAGAUCCGCAGUGUCUGCCCCAUGUGCAACAAACCCAUCUGCCGGCUCCAGCCAGACCCCCCUCAGGGUGCUGAGGGACCACAGGGCCUCCUGGAGGUGUGAGAGAGAGGCCCCUGACGCUGCAGCCCCAGGCACCCACCAACACACAGCUUCAAGUGUCCUCUUUCUGCAAGAUAGAAGGAGAGAGUGAGAGGGAAGAGAAGAUGGAGAGAAAGAGAGAAAGAAAGGGGGAGAGAGAGAGAGAAAGAAUAACACAACACUUCACUGAGAGAUAACAAAGUCCUCUCUGUACCUGACCACCAACACACACACCCUCCGUCCUCUAUUUAGUCUUCUCCUCACACACACACGCACACACACACACGCACACACACACACACACUUAUACAGACCAACACACCCACCUAUAUACAUGCACUUCUUAAAUGGACUUGGGUUGCCUGGUAACUGACAUAAACACUAAGACAAAAGAAGGAGGUGACAGAAAAAUAUGUGUGUGGCCUAAUCUGAGAUGCUUGUGUAACAGACUUUCUAUAUGUGGGAGGGUGAUAGGCUGAUGUUGGUAACCACUUGAGAGUUGUGUUUGUGUACUGUGGCUUCAAUGGUUAUACAGUGCCUGGAGAAAUGGAAUUGACACUGCCCAAUAUAGAGGUAACAGUAAGCUCACCCCGUUGGCGGUUUCACGUGUUGGCAAAAACCUGCCAAUAGCCAUCAUGGGAUCCUUAUAAGGCACAGGUUUGAAGUUAAACAACCAAACCCUGUCACAGAUAUACCGAAAAAAGUAUGUAUUUCAGCUGUGUCUGGUUCUGGUUUUGGAGAGUCACCCCACCAAUUGAUUUCCCCCAUACUUCUGGAGAUGAGCAAGAAAUGAGAUGAGAGUCUCAGUAAAGCACAACAAACCACUUCCUGCCCAGUCGAAGCAAAGAUGGUGGAAUCAAUGACCCAAGGUGGCCCUGCGAGACCAAGACCAACAGCAAUUUUAGAUGGUGUUUAAGUUAUUUCUAAGUAGUUAUUUUGUAUUAUUAUUAUUAUUAUUAUUAUUAUAAUCAUCAUUAUUAUUAUUGGCUUUCAAUAAAGUGUAAUGUUUCCGUGACAAAGA